AGUUCAAUAGCCCUGAUGUUCGCUGCUAUUCUUGCCACCACAUCCAUGAUUUGGCCUUAUACUCCUGAAGUACAGGCAGGCAGUCUUCACAUCAGAAGUUACUCGGUGCCUGACGACACAGUUCCUAUACCAUGCCACUCGCAUAACGAUUAUUGGAAGGCUGAACCUUUGACCUCAGCCAUUACGACUGGCUGCAUUGGCAUCGAAGUAGAUGUCUGGAAGGUCCGGGAUGAACUCAUGGUCGGCCAUGUUAAGGCUCGGAAUCAAGACAGAGAUCCAGAACUUCUACCUCGAGGUGUAUAUGUCCACAAACCCAAUCAGACUGUGGUGUUGCUGGUGGACUUGAAGUCGAACUCUGAUAAAUCAUGGCCACUGUUACUGGAGAAGCUAGAACCACUUCGUCAAAGGGGGUGGCUGAGCCAUGUCAGCGAUGGCGAGUUUGUGUCAAGACCCAUCACAGUCGUGGCAACUGGUGAGACCAAGUUUCGCCUGGUGAAAGAAGCCAAUCCUUCACACGACGUCUUCUUUGAUGCGCCACUUAAAGGGUUAAGCAGAGGCCAAUACGACAACACCAACUCAUACUAUGCCAGCACCUCGUUCAAGAAGUCGAUUGGCAAGGUUCCUAAGAAAGGUCUUAGGCCAACGCAGCUAGAGUUGAUACGCGAUCAAAUCUCUCAAGCCCAUAUUCGAGGUCUCAUGGUUCGAUAUUGGGGCAUGCCACUUCUUCCACAGAACGUCCGAAGACAAGUUGAGAAGGUAUUGCUUGAUGAAGGCGUUGAUGUCAUCAAUGUAGAUGAUUUGCAGGGAGCAAAACGCACUUUUGCUGAGAGGAGACACUCGAAUGACUGACGCUUGUCCCCGAAGCAACUGAAGAGAGCUUUAGCCGAUUUCUUAUAUAUAGCUACUAGAAGAAAGGAUGAAUAUGA